AUGGCAGACAAAAACCAAAUCGCCACCCCAGAAGAAUACCAACAAGCACGAGCUCGUCUCCUCGAGCAGGAGAAAGCCGCCACACGCCUACUACAAGACAUCGCAGCCUCACGCCGCAAGCUGCCCAUAGUGCAAGUCCCCAACCCCACGCGAUUCAAAUUCGACACACCAGCCGGAGAAAAGAGUCUUCCGGAUCUCUUCGACGGCCGGAAACAGCUUAUCCUGUACCACUUCAUGCUAUCACCAGGCGAGACGCAAGGCUGCGUGGGAUGCUCAUUCUGCAUGGACCAUAUCCCCGACCUGGGACAUUUGCAGAGCAGGAAUACCUCGUUUGUGGCGGUUGCGACGGCCACUCUGGACGAGGUGACUGCGUAUAAGAACCGGCUGGGAUGGGAGUUUCCGUUUUAUAGUUCUGCGAAAACGCACCGAGCGUGGGAGGAGGCGGAACGGGCGGGUGAGAAGAUCACCUGGAAGCCGGGGAAUGGAUACUUUGGUCUUUGUGUUUUUUUGAAGGAGGGGGAUGAGGUGUAUCAUACUUAUGACACGAGUGAUCGUGGGUUGGAGGUUAUCCUCUCUACAUACCACCUUUUGGAUAUGACGCCGUUGGGUCGACAGGAGGUUGGGAAUGGGAUGAAUAACUUCCGUCGUCAUGAUGAGUACUGA